UCGUCGCAUGUGGUUAACUAGUGCUUUAUAAGGGUCUCUGUGCUUAGAUCUGUGCCUCGAUAUACACCCAGUCUGGUUUUGGCAAUCUGGACCCACUUUAAUAAUCAUUAGAAUUUACUUAUCGAUUACAUUUCAAAAGGAAAUACAUUUCUAAAACGCGAAUGCAGUGAACUUUAAUCGAGAUCAAGCGGGACAUCAAAGAGUUUUGCUGACUGAUAUUUGGACUCGAGGCUGAAGUUCGGAUUGAACUUGAGCCGUCAGUUUGGACUCUGCGCUGAGGGGCGCGGCGGCGGAUGGAUACGAGCUCAUGUGAUGCGGUUACUGUUUGGUUUGACGUGAUACUCCUCUGUUCUCCAAAACUUUUGAACGCUUUAUCGUGUAACCGAUCAGUGUCGACAUCAAAUGAAGAAGAGUGAGACAAUGUUCUACUAAAUUGAAAACGUGAGCUCCUCCAUUGCGAUUUACUGCGCUCACAGAAGCACUUCAGACCGGACCACCUCAGCACGAUGGAGUUUCAGUUUUUCGCAUCUCUUUCCUGUAUGAGGCAUUUCUUCGAUUCUCAUGCAUUGUACGCAAUUCACCAUUUCAACCGAAAUACAGCAAAUUGUGGCGGCAUAGAUUAUUCCCAGGAAGACUCCCCUCAUUUGCACAGCCGGCUUAAGAGCUCCCUCUUUCCUACUGGCUAACGAAGGCCAAUCAUAGGCGGAGGGAGGAGUCUGCACAGACGUAGGACUAAAUUGAUUGGAUGACAAAAACUUUUGACGCUUACCCAAACUCAACUUCCACGGAAUCCUCUCCUGGUUCCUCUAUCCCACCUUCACCUCUGGAGCAUGAUGUCCAAAUGCCCUCCGACUUGGAGGUUAUGACCACUCUUCUUAAAGAAGAACUGGCUCAACUGGAGGAUUAUUACCUGUAUGAAUCGACACCUAUGAAAUUGGAGAAAUGGCAAAAAUGUGACAAAAGCUUACAAGCUAUGGCUACACAGUCAUACUAUCAGUUGCCCUGCGCUUCGUACAAUGUAAACCAACCUGAAACAAAUCCCAGGCUGGUUUCCCUGGCAACUGGAGAUCUCGACCUGCGAGGCUUCUGUGGGGGCUCCAUGAGCCGACCGAAAGUGUCUCGACCCGGCCCCUACAGCUACAUUCGGACACACUGCAAUAGCCAAAGAAUAUCAGCGAAUGGAUGUAAAGACGUCGAGGUGUUUGAGAAGGAAAUGUGGACUUUCAAAGGGACUCAUUCAGGUUACGCAGAGUUGGCUUUUGACCAGUGCUCUGUUGACAAAUCCUACGGAAAGAGCCAGGCGAGCACAAAGAAGGUUCGAGAAUGUGCCAUACUGUUGAAGGAAGAAGAAAAAAGUUGCUUCACGGAAGAUGUGUUUUACCGAGCGGAGAUGAUGAGAAGUUACGAUCUCGGUGGGUCCCUGGAAUCCCACCACAGGCGAGAGGGCCAGAGCCAUGGGAUGAAGAUGCUCAGCCACGACGGGAUUGCGAUGCCCAUUUUGCAGUGCACCGAAAGCGAGAGCUGUCCACCGUAUAAACAAUCCGAAGUAGCCGAGUGCUACUUUCAUCAGAUUACUGCCAAUUUAGAGCCAUAUCACGGCUUCAUGAAUGAAAUCGAUCAGCCAAUCAGAACUGGGGCUGUUGAUAUCCAGAAUAAUGACUACUUGCACCACGAUUGCCUUGGGGAUCAAAGCUUUGAAUGUCUGUCCGGAGACAGUGUUGGGUCCUCUUUGGAGUUGCCUGUCCAGAAACCACUACAACGGUCACGGGAAAGUCAGUGUGUUUUUAAACCAGAUGUUAAAGUAGGUUCCUUGGAGAGAAACCACGGAGAACGCAAGCAGAAGAAGAGGGAUCAGAACAAGUCCGCUGCCCACAGGUAUCGUCAGCGUAAGAGGGUGGAGCUGGACUGUUUGGAGGAGGAGCUUCAUGGUUUGGAAGGGCGGAACAGAGAACUUCGGGACAAAGCAGAAUCUGUAGAGAGAGAGAUUCAGUAUGUGAAAGAUCUCCUGAUUGAAGUCUACAAGACUCGCAGUCAGCGCUUAAAAGAGGAUUCCAGUGCCUAAACCGUCUCUUACCAGCAUUUCACUUAUACCAGGCUCUGACAGCAUGUCUUUAUGCUCUAAAUAGUUAGUA